UUUCUUUAAUCAUUACUAAGUAGAUACACGAUAACGAAAACGAUCGAACGAUUAAAGUAAAUCAAAAGACAAUCAGGAUUCGAAACGGAACGUUCGAAGAACAGUCCCUCUUGCAAACAUAGUAAUCGAUCAUCGCUAUGUCUAACAAAGAGGAGUCGAAAGACACGUUGUGGAAGUUGCAAGAGGGAACGUGGACAAUGUGUAUAGCGGAAGUGGUUGGUACCGCAAUAUUAAUUUUCAUCGGUUGUAUGGCGAGCAUCGGUUCAAUGUCGACCGUUUUACCUCCCCCGCUCCAGAUGUCGAUAGCAUUCGGCAUGACCGUGAACCUUAUUAUUAUGAUGUUGGGUCACGUUAGCGGAGCUCAUCUCAAUCCAGCUGUUACGAUCGGUGCAGUCAUCGUAGGCUUAAAAAGUAUUCCCACGGGUACCUUGUACAUAGUAGCACAGUUCAUUGGAGCUACAUUAGGAUACGGAGCGUUAAAGAUAAUAACUCCACCGGAAUUAUUUCACGAUGGAAAUCCAAAUUCCACGGUCGGUCUUUGCGUUACCGUUAUUCAUCCGAGCGUCAGUGUCGUUCAGGGAAUUCUUAUUGAAGUUCUAUGCACAUCUUUCAUACUAUGCGGCGCUUGUGCAACGUGGGAUCCAAGAUGCUCUCAUACCACCGAUUCCACGGCUAUUAGAUUUGGUUUUUCUGUCGUAGCUAUCUCUUUAGCGGCGAGUCCUUAUACGGGAUGUAGCAUGAAUCCAGCUCGAACUUUCGGACCUGCAUUUUGGAAUAGCGACUGGACGAAUCAAUGGGUUUAUUGGUUUGGACCAACAGUCGGAGCAAUGCUUGGAACGUACACGUAUCAAAUCUUCUUUUUGGAGAAGCCGCGAGUAAAAAACGCUUAUGAAUCAUCGACCGCCGACAUGAAGCUUAUGAAAGAAAUGGAAUCAAUCAAAUAUUCGGAACUUGAAAUUGUCGAUGGAAAGUAAGGAUAGGUAAAAAAUGACAUACAUCGAAUUAGAUUACUUAAAGAAUAAAUAAUUUUAUCGGAUGCCUUAUCACAUUAAAAAGGGAAAAGGAACUAUUCUCAAAAAUUUUUCUGUAUUAUCUACGCUACGUAAGAGAUCAAAAAAUCAUUCCUAGACAUUAUACUCAUCGACACUCUCGAAUGAUUAUACGUAGGUAUAAUCAUUUUCAAGAAGACUUUGCGACGUAGUAUUUGCCUCUUUUGCUAGAUGGCAUUGUUCGGAAUUGUAUAAAAUCAUUGACUAUAUAGUAUAUAGUACAUAUAUAGUAUAUAUAUUAUAUAUAUGUAUAUAUAUAUAUAUGUAUAUAUCUUGUAAAGUGCAUCGCACACCUAACGAUCUGAUUGCAUUCCAAUUUUUUUACUGAAUCUACGAAACGCAACAUUUUUAUUUCGACUUCAUCGAUGAUCGAUCCUUCUAUAGACGUACGAGAUGUGUACUAAAAUAUUAGUUGAAAAAGAGAAAGAAAGUUUACGUUCUAAGUUAUGGAAACUCCAAGAAGGAUUAAUGUUUCGAAGCGCAUUAUUCAUAGAAACGAGGGAUGUCAUACGAACGAGGAGAGUCACGACAAUUUUACAUUUGUUUUGUUAAGUUUACCCUUUCGAAAGAACUUGAUCGUAUCAUGUAUAAUUGUUCUUAUAAAUUCAUACGAGAUUAAUGCAAAAUUACGAAGAAUUAUUAAAUCAUUCGUAUCGAUCCUAAUAUUAUAAAUCUAAUCUCUAUAUUGCAAAUGACAAUUAUCAAGUUUUCGUUAAUAGUCAUCAACGUGUACUGAACAAGAAUAACAACGUGUUUUCUAUAAAUAUAUAUAGCUCUCACGUUGCACUUAUCGAUUAGUCGCAGUACCAGUAGGUAGAAUGUUCUGGAACAUCGAGAAGCGCCCGGACGGCUGCGACCUGAAGAUCAUACGCAGAGAUUUUUCAAACAACUUCGUAAUUAAAUAAUUCUUCCAUAAUUUUGUAUAAAAUUGUAUGACAAUAAUCGAAUCAGAGAAAUAAGUAGAUAAAUUGAACGUAUAAAAGUUGGAUUAUUCUUCUUUUUGUUAUCAUCGGCAAAGUUAUAAUAUAUUGAUUAUAAACAA